AGGCCCCAGGGCCUGGCUUAGGGGCGCGAAAAGCAUGCUGGGGAUUGUAGUUCGGCAGUCCGCGAGGACGGCUAGGGGCUGGCAGUAGGAGGGACUCGUUGUCCCAGCGUGCCCUGCGCCUCAGCCCGCGCGUUCGCAGUUUCUCGCUCUCGCCCGCCCUCCCGCUCCCUAGCUUGCUCGCGCUUUUGCUCGCGGUCUCCUCGCGGAUCGAAGGGGUUCUGACCACAGCUUGUGGCUGAGAAGGGCGACAGAGGCGGCGACUCAAGAGAAACGAGGCUGCAGUGGUGGUGGGAAGAUGUCGGGCGAGGACGAGCAACAGGAGCAAACUAUCGCCGAGGACCUGGUCGUGACCAAGUAUAAGAUGGGGGGCGACAUUGCUAACCGGGUACUUCGGUCUUUGGUGGAAGCAUCCUGUUCAGGUGUGUCGGUACUGAGCCUGUGUGAGAAAGGUGAUGCCAUGAUAAUGGAAGAAACGGGGAAGAUUUUCAAAAAAGAAAAAGAAAUGAAGAAAGGUAUUGCCUUUCCCACCAGCAUUUCAGUAAAUAACUGUGUAUGUCACUUCUCCCCUUUGAAGAGCGACCAGGACUAUAUUCUCAAGGAAGGUGACUUGGUAAAAAUUGACCUUGGGGUCCAUGUGGAUGGCUUCAUCGCUAAUGUGGCUCACACUUUUGUGGUUGAUGUAGCUCAGGGGACCCAAGUAACAGGGCGGAAAGCAGACGUCAUUAAGGCAGCUCACCUUUGUGCUGAAGCUGCCCUCCGCCUGGUCAAACCUGGAAAUCAGAACACACAAGUGACAGAAGCCUGGAACAAAGUUGCCCACUCAUUUAAUUGCACACCAAUAGAAGGUAUGCUGUCACACCAGUUGAAGCAGCAUGUCAUUGAUGGAGAGAAAACCAUUAUCCAGAAUCCCACAGACCAGCAAAAGAAGGACCAUGAAAAAGCUGAAUUUGAGGUACAUGAAGUAUAUGCUGUGGAUGUUCUCGUCAGCUCAGGAGAGGGCAAGGCCAAGGAUGCAGGACAGAGAACCACCAUUUACAAGAGAGACCCCUCUAAGCAGUAUGGCCUGAAAAUGAAAACUUCCCGUGCCUUCUUCAGUGAGGUCGAAAGGCGUUUUGAUGCCAUGCCCUUUACUUUAAGAGCAUUUGAAGAUGAGAAGAAGGCCCGCAUGGGUGUGGUGGAGUGCGCCAAACAUGAACUGCUACAACCAUUUAAUGUUCUCUAUGAGAAGGAGGGUGAAUUUGUUGCCCAGUUUAAAUUUACAGUUCUGCUUAUGCCCAAUGGCCCCAUGCGGAUAACCAGUGGUCCUUUUGAGCCUGACCUUUACAAGUCUGAGAUGGAGGUCCAGGAUGCAGAGCUCAAGGCACUCCUCCAGAGUUCUGCAAGUCGGAAAACCCAGAAAAAGAAAAAAAAGAAGGCCUCUAAGACUGCAGAGAAUGCUACCAGUGGGGAAACUUUAGAAGAGAAUGAAGCUGGGGACUGAGGUGGGUCCCAUCCCCCCAGCUUGUCACUCCUGCCUCAUCCCCUUCCCACCACACCCCAGGCUCUGUGAAGUGCAGUUCGACUUCUCCACCCAGGACCGCGAGCAGAGCGGGGUCUCCCUGUCCUCCUCCCAGUCCCCUAUCCCAGCCCCCUUCCAACAACAACCAGCUCCAACUGACUCUGGUCUUGGGAGGCCAGGCUUCCCAGCCACCGAAGACUACUUUAAAUAGAAAAGAGAAAUUGAAUAAUAAAAUCAGGAGUCAAAAUCCA